AUGAACAACUUUCGCAAAUCAAUAUCUGGCAGACCAGGAUCUAACAUCCCUCGACCCUCAGGCGCCAUCUCCAGCAGCAGUAACCUCAACCCUGGGAGCGGCGGAGGUGGUAGUGGAGGUGGAGGCGGUGGCAUGCUUCACUCAACCCGCAAUGCCCAAGAGACGUACCAUUUCCCGAUCCUGAAACCCCAAGCCAUUGUCUCGUGCAUGUCAGAUGUCCAAGUCCCUUGUACGGAGGAUGACCUUGCAAGGCCGACGCCUCAGAAGGUGUUGGUUGUCUAUGAGGCCUUUAUGGAUGUUGCCACGGGAUGUAUCAAGGAUGAUUGUUACAUGGAGGAUAUUCAGGAAAUGAAGAUUGUUCAGCACCCUGACUUUGUGGUGGAUGGCGUCAGGUUCUACAUCUUUCUCCAACAACUGGCGAGCAUGAUGUAUGAGGUGGGAGUGAACGACUUUACAUCAAGGGACUUGACAAAACCCGAGGCAGAACGAGUCCGACGGGUGCUGAGUGCCGUCAUCAAUUUCGCAAAGUUCCGAGAAGACAGACAGCCGGCGUUCUUUCAGGAGAUGCAAAAUACGGACGAGGUCAUAGACAUGAUUGUCGACCGGGAGAAGGAACAUGAGCAAAUGACCCAAGAGCUCGAGAACCUCAAACAGAGGAGAAUUGCUCAGGAGCCGCGGGUAGAGGAACUAAAGGUUAUCAACCAGAACCUAGCCUUGGAGAUGGAAGUGUACAAGAAGAAGGAAGUUGACACCACACUUUUGAAGGACGAAGUCACCAAGGAGAGAUCAUUACUUGUCGAACGCAAUAGAGAGUUGAAUGCGGCGAUUGAAAAGGCGACCAAGGAACUGGACGUCCUGCAGGCACAGCGGGUCCACGUCCCAGAGACCCUAGAACAAGACCUCGCCCAAAUCCCUGAAUCCCUCAUCUCGCUCAAUGCCCAAAUUGAACAACAUCGCAGACAAGUCCAGACUAAAUAUUCUUCCGUCGAACGCAUCGAAUCCGUCCCCCGAGAACUCUACGCGAUCCGGGAAAUGAUGGCCGUCACUCUCUCACUCCUCGAAAAGUACCACCAAGGAGCGGACGAACUCGAGGCGUUAAAAUCGACGAUUGAGAACCGGAAACUGACGGAUAUGACGCUGUCGUCGAAACUGGAACAGACGGAGCGGUUGACCAGGAAUAUGGAGGAGAAGAAUCGAGUGUUGAGGGAGACUAUGCAGCAGAAGCGGGAUCAGCAUGAGGCCGAGGUGUUGAGUCAGGAUAAGGCCUUAGCAGAGGCCGAGACGAGGUUGUUGGAGAGUCGGAGGUUGGUUGAGGAGAGACGGAAGAGGCAGGCAGAGAUCUGGCAGAAGGAGGAGAAGUAUGCGCAGGAGGUUACGGCCCAGAUGGAGAAUUUGAAGCAUCAGUUUGAAAUCUAUUCUACCGAGAUUGUCCAGGCUCUGCGGAUUAACUAG